UGUUGCAAGUUCGCCUUUUUUGAGGGCCUGACUCGGAGGCAGGCGCACUCAAGACUCCGACACUUCAAGCACAAACACCAAUCACGAGACAUACUGCCUCGCAAGCAAGCUCUCGACGGAAUCUCCAUUCCCGGGCUGUUUCCGCCGGCAGACGGACCAACAGGGGAAUGGCCGACUCUAACUCCGAGGACCGGCUGCCUCCGGGGUGGACUGUGGAAGUGAAAGUGAGGAAGAACGGUAAGAAAGACAAGUUUUACUUUUCUCCUUCAAGUGGACUUAGGUUUAAUUCCAUGGUAGAGGUUUCUCAUUAUCUUGACAAAGUUCAGAACAAUCAUGUCAGCGUCACAAGCAGUUCAAAAAAUGUUGUAAUUGAGAAAGGUGUUGCAGAAGGAUUACCAGAAGGAUGGAUCAAAAAGACCAGAGUCACAAAAAAGAGUUCUACAGUAAGAAGAGAUUCGUACUACAUUGAUCCUGUAAGUGGGUAUGUAUUCCAAUCUAUAAAAGAUGCUGUACGCUAUCUUGAAUCUGGGGAGAUAGGAAGAAAUGCAUUCAAACCAAAAGAUAAAGGCGGCAGAGAUAUAGAAUUGAAAGAUGACAUUUUCUCUUCAGCGGGUGUAGCCAGAAAACCAAAAUUAUCAGUUGGCAGAGUGACUCGACGCACCGUCAUGAGUCAGGGCACAAAUUUGGACCGGAUAGUUAAUGACCAACAGACUCCAAAAACUGCAUGUACAGGAGAACCUAUGCCUCUUUCUGAACACAGUUCUUGUGCAAUGGGCAUUGAAUUGACCGGCUUAGUUCCAUCACAAGCUGAAUGUUCGGAUGAAAAAGAAGGGAAGGUUAGUUUCGCUGAAAGUAAUUCAAUUCCCAGUUGUGCGGAUGGAGUUGUCCCAGAAAAGCAACUUCCUGAAAGUUUACAGACAAAACAUGCAACUGAAAAGGUUCAAAAAGGCCAGGUUAAAUCCAAGCGCAAGAAAGAGAUUAACUUGCCCCGCCGUGCUUCAAACGUCUUGCUGGAAUUCAGGCGCCGAAAUGCAGCUAAAAAUUCUGGCGAAGUAGCCUUGACAAACGAGGAUAAAUCUUCAGGGAGUUUCUCUAAUGAAGAAACCAAACAGCUUAUUGCACGUGAGAGUGCAUCAGAAAGUAAGCGUAAACCUCAAAGCUUAAUGAACACAAUGGAGUCACCAAAGUUGAAUCAGAUCAACGAGCAAGUGAAAGACCUGGAAGGUGGAGCAAAGUUUGACUACUCUCUCGACUUGCCCCUUGGAGAACUAUUAUCAGACCCAUGUAUUGCAUUUGCAAUACAAACUCUUACCGAAGGAACAUUCGAAACCUCCAAAAACACUCAGAUUUCAUCUGAAGUGAGUGAUAGCAAGUAUUCUGAAACUUCAGCUUCUGCUAAAGGGGAUGACAGCAAAAUCAAAGGGCAGAAUGUGAGUGACUGGAAGCAAGAAUGCAGUGCGUCUUCACCACCAAAGGACCUUGUUGCAGAACAUGCUGGCAGUACUUCUGAAUCGCCAUUUGGUAUUUCAUGGAUGGAUCCAUGCAUAGAAUUUGCAGUAAAAACUCUCACCGGCAAUAUCCCAGUGGAAUAUGAUCCAAAUAGUGAGAAUUGCCUUCAGCAGCAGCUUGGCACUUCAAACAACCAGGGACUCGGUGAAGUAGCCUUCUCAGGCGGCAGCUUAAAUAAUCUGCGUCAGACCGACUAUUAUUGCAGCCAAUACCUUGGAACACAGGAUCCUGUAUUUAAACAACAGUCGUUUCUGGAUACAGCUUUACCCAACGCUAGAAGUGUCGGCAUGGGGAAUUCUACUGGAGCCAGACUGCACCAAUAUGGUGGCGAAGAUAGAAGGAAUGGGCGCCAGAGAUAA